CUCGCUCGCUCGCAGGGUAGGGUUCGGCGAAACGGAGCUCGUCAGGUCGUCUCGUCAAUUCCUCUUUUGGUCUUGUUCCAUCAGUGCUCUUUAUUGAAGGAAUCUCAAAAGAUGAUGGAUGCUGGAAAUGUGAGCUUUGGAGCUGUCAAUAGGGCUAUAGAGGAGUGGGAGGAAUCUAUUUGGAGUUUUAGGUACUUUGAGAGGUUCUGGCAUUCACAAAGGAGAACUAAAGUGGAUGGUUUAUCCAACAUAUAAUUUCAAUUGAUUAUAGCUGUGGAGCCUUUUGGAGUGCUUGGGCAAUGGAGCUUGGGGAGCACCAUUCGCAUCAAGAGUUGCUUUAUUGGGUUUACAUCUUUAGUGCUGAUCAUGAGUGCUCGGUUGAGUCGUACCAUUUAUGUGGGCAACCUUCCUAUAGACAUACGAGAAUCAGAAGUUGAAGAUUUAUUUUACAAGUAUGGCCACGUAGUGGAAAUUCAAUUGAAGAAUCCACCUCGCCCUCCUGGUUAUUGUUUUGUUGAGUUUGAAAGUUCACGAGAUGCUGAAGAUGCAGUCAGGGGUCGCGAUGGCUACAACUUUGAUGGGCACCGUCUUAGGGUUGAGCUAGCCCAUGGUGGCAGAGGACAGUCAGUUUCGGUUGGACGAGGUGGUCGCCAUGGGAGUGGAGGCAGCAAAUUUGGAGUUUCACACCGUUCUGAAUUUCGAGUAAUUGUGAAGGGACUUCCUUCUUCAGCUUCAUGGCAGGAUCUGAAGGAUCAUAUGAGGAAGGCUGGAGAUGUAUGUUUUGCGCAAGUUUUCCGUGAUGGUGAUGGUGCGAUGGGUUUGGUUGAUUAUACUAAUUAUGAAGACAUGAAAUAUGCAAUAAGGAAACUUGAUGACACUGAGUUUAGAAAUCCCUUUUCGAGGUCCUAUAUUCGGGUAAAAAGCUACGAGAGAAGUAUGUCAAAGAGUCGAAGCCAAAGCCGAAGCCGCAGCAGAAGCAGAGGCCCUAGACGGAGUCGGAGCAAAUCAAUUGAACGGCCUCUAUCACGAUCAGUAUCCAAGUCUGCAUCUCCAAGACCCAGAUCUGUGUCUCCAGCCAGAAUGUCAAGAUCAAGGUCUAGAUCAAAGUCAGGCUGACUAUGCCAGGUUUCACGACUACUCCAUAGAGUCUCCAGUUGCGGGUCUGAAACCUUCAUCCGUUUAAUGCUCUCCAACCUACUGCGUUGCUUCACUCUAUGCAUGAAGUUUAGUUUGAGGUAUUACUGUUUUGAAUUCUAUGUAUAAGAGCUUGCGCACAAGGAUGGCUGAAUCACUUCUUUGUGUUUGUUUUCCCUUUAAAAUGGUGGAUCAAACUUUGUCGACUGUUCUGUGUGAUCUCCUGAGGUUUUUACAUGUCAA